AUGUUUAAACUGUCGGAGUCUUCAUACACCUGUCAAGACUAUAUUUCUGACCACAUUUGGAAGACCAACGAGUAUUAG